ACCAUUUAGACAGAUGCAAAGUGCUCCAAAUAUUUCACGUGUUGUUAAAAAUAUUUUGAUUAAUAAACUUUAAAAUUAAUCAGUCUACAAUUUUGAUCAUUUACUAGAAAAUAUUAAGAAACAUUCAUAAUGCCGAAAAAGAAAUUUAUUGAUAAGAAGAAUGCAGUAACUUUUCAUUUGGUACAUCGAUCACAACAAGAUCCUUUAGCAGCUGAUGAAACAGCACCUCAGAGAGUUUUAGUUCCCGUUGGAUCGGUGCAGGCACCGAAGACAGAGAAAAAGCAUGUAGAUAUUGAAAAAAGGAAAGAAGAGCAAAGGAAAUAUGGAGUAUUUUACGAAGAUGAUUACAAUUAUCUUCAGCAUUUAAAAGAUGUUAACAAAGUAGAAGUAGAAUGGGCUCCUGUAGAAUAUGAAGACAACAAAUCUAAGAAUAAUGAAAAAAAGACUGCACCUAAGAUUAAUUUACCAUCAUCAGUUUUCGCUUCUUCAGUUGAAGAAGAAGUUGGACUUCUCAACAAAGCAGCUCCAAUUUCUGGACCACGAUUAGAUCUCGAUCCAGAUCUAAUAGCUGCUAUGGACGAUGACUUUGAUUUUGAUGAUCCUGAUAAUCAAUUGGAAGAUAAUUUUAUGGAACUUGCUAAUGGUGGAGGUGAUAUUGAUGAUAUUAUAGAAGAAGAUGAAUAUGAAUAUGAUUCUGAUGAAGAAAAGGAUGAAGUUGGCAGUUUGGAUGGACCACAAUAUUCCUUCAGAGAUGAAGAAACUAAAUCUCGAUUUACUGAAUACUCAAUGAGUAGUAGUGUAAUCAAAAGAAACGAACAGCUAACUCUUUUGGACGAUAAAUUUGAAAAAAUGUAUGCCGCUUAUGAUGAAGAAGAAAUCGGAGCUUUAGAAUGUGAAGAAAUUCAAGGACAUGUAGAUAUGGACUCCGAUAUUUUAUUAGAAUAUGCAGCAGAAUUUGAAAAGAAACAAAAAGAACCUACUGAAAACGUAGCAAAGUUGAUGAAAGACCGUUUAAAAAUUAUUGACACAAAUUUUUCAAGUUCAGAAGAUGAAUUAGAAACUGUUGAAGUUGAUGCACGUAAAUUGGAAAAAGAUUUCGAUUGUAAAAGUGUUUUAAGUUUAUACAGCGAUAUUUACAAUCAUCCUAAAUUAAUAUCUGAACCCAAGAAAAUUGAUAAAUUACAAAUAGAUAAACGAACAGGAAUACCUAAAAAUAUAUUGACUGGAAAACCUGGAAAGUUAACAAUUGCAAGUGUAGCUCAAUUCAAUCGUGAAAAUGAAGAAGGAAUGCAAUGUGAUAGACCAAAGUCUAUAGCAGAAACAAUGAAAUCUACUAUAAGUAUGUUAAGUGUAAGACCUAAAAAUGAACGUCCUGAAGAAAGAAAAGAACGUAAACAGGCAUUAAAAAAUUAUAGAAAGGAGAGAAGGAUUGAACGGAAAGCCAAUACAGAAGCAUUUAAGGAAGAAAAGAAACGUCAAGAGAAAAUAUUGCUUAAUAAUAGAAAAAAUAAUUUAGCUCUUUUUGCUAAGUAAAGUAUAAUAUUAUUUUAUACGUAUCGCUUUAAUGUUUACAAUAAAUAUAAA